AUGGAGGAACAGGACGAUCCUAAAGGAUUCGAUGCAGCAUUUUUCAAAAUGAGCAAAACGGAGCUCUUAAGCUUGGAUCCGCAGCACCGGUUGGUUAUGGAGAAUGUAUAUCAUGCUCUGGAGAACGCUGGCGUUACAAUGGAAAACGCAAUCUCUUCAAACACCUCCGUCUUUGUCAACGGUUAUAACCAUGAUCAUGCAGAUAACAUAAAUCUGGAUCCGGAAACGAUUUUAAGGUAUAAGCCCACUGGAACUGACAACUCAUUGACUUCCGGGAGAGUAAGCUGGUUUUACGAUUUCCGUGGGCCCAGCUUGACUAUCGACACGGCGUGCUCCGGAAGUCUAGUCGGUCUUCAUCUCGCCUGUCAAAGCCUCAAGGAGAAGGAAAGCGAUAUGGCGGUUGUGAGUGGUGUUAAUGUCAUCGGAUUUCUUUCACACAUGAUUGGCAUGAGCUAUUCUGGAUUUGUGGGAUCUGAAGGGAAAUGCUUCUCCUUUGACCACAGAGCUGACGGGUAUGCAAGAGGUGAGGGUGUUGGCACCGUAAUCGUCAAGCGUCUUUCCGAUGCUGUCGAGGACGGGGAUGUCAUUAGAGCGGUGAUCCGUGGAACCGGCCUUAACCACGACGGGCGUACCCCUGGGAUAACAUACCCGAGUUUAUCAUCGCAAGAGGAGCUCAUUCGACGGACAUAUCGCAGGGCAGGGCUAGAUACCGCUGAUACGUGCUACAUCGAGAGCCAUGGGACAGGCACUCAGGCAGGAGAUUUCAUUGAAGCAUCCGCCAUCAGUCGCGGAUUUGACACAGCUAGCCGGAAUACGCCACUGUACGUUGGGGCUCUCAAAUCAAAUAUUGGUCAUUUGGAGGGCGGGUCAGGGAUAGCUGGUCUAAUCAAGACUAUCAUGAUCCUCGAGAACGGCAUCAUACCCCCAAAUGUCAACUUCGAGAAACCGAAUCCCAAAAUACCGGUUGACGAGUGGAAGCUCAAGUUUCCCACUGAGCGCACACCUUGGCCGCACUCGGGCCCACGGCGGGCAUCGGUCAGUUGCUUCGGGCUGAACGGCACCAACUCUCACUGCAUUCUGGAUGAUGCAUGUGGUUUUCUGAGAGCCCAAGGAAUUGCCGGUAAACACAGAACGGUGCCUCCCAACACGAGUCAACCUCAAAUCUCCAACAUGAAUAGGGAUAUCCCAGCACAAGAUGACGCCCCGUUAAGUCCCAAGCAAACAAUCCCAGAUGCUCACUCUGGUACAUAUCUCAACGGCAAUAUCAAUACAACGAAAGCGCCCACCCAGCUCUUUCUCAUGUCUGCGUUUGAUGAGAAGGCUUUCUCACGGACAGAAUCCCAAUUGGCCAAUUACCUGGCCAAGGAGCCCAAUACGCAGGCAUGGGGAAACAACUUCUUGGAUUCCCCGUUUUCCACAGAUGAGCUUACUUGCGAUAAAGACAACACCCGGGUAGAUGAGCCAGCCAUUGCUCAUCCGUCAUCUACGGCAGUUCAAAUUGCGCUAGUUGAUCUUCUAGAAAGCUGGGGCAUAACGCCUUCACGUGUUAUUGGGCACUCAUCGGGAGAAAUCGCUGCUGCAUAUUGUGCCGGGAAGCUAUCUCGCGAAGCAGCCUGGAAGGUGGCAUACUUCCGCGGCCAGGUUGUGUAUGGAUCAAUAAGUCGUGAGGGUGCAAUGAUGGCGAUCGGGCUAAGCCCAAGCAAUUUGCAGCCUUACCUGGAGGAAGUCCAAAACACCAACCCCGAGGGUGUUAUAACAAUAGCCUGCUUCAAUAGCCCGAAGAAUCAGACUGUAUCUGGUGACACUCCUAUGAUCGACGAGCUGAAAGAACGGCUUGAUGCACAUCGCAUUUUUGCUCGGAAACUUACACUCGGAAAGGCCUACCAUUCUCCGCACAUGAGAACAUUCACGGAGGAUUAUCAGCAUGCUAUGGGGUCAUUGCAGGACCUGGGUGAAUCGUUCGACGGCCGCGCGGUGGAGAUGUUCUCUACAUUCACUGGGGAAAAGGUGCUCGACUGCUUUCUGGAUUCGUCACACUGGUGCGCAAAUAUGGUAGGUUCUGUCCAGUUUGAGAAGGCGCUUCGGGCCUUUUGCGAUGCUACUACUGGAGACAACGAUUCCCAAGAGAUGGGUUCGGCAAUUGAUGAGAUUGUCGAGAUCGGGGCCCAUGGAGCGCUCCGGAGUGCCAUCAAAGAGACGAUAGACACCUUGAAUGGAAUAACAUACUGGCCAACCUUGGACCGGAACACUCCUGACGCAACUAGCCUUCUCCAAACCGUGGCAGGGCUAUCAUCCAGGGGAUAUCCGGCCAAUAUCAGCGAGAUAAACCAGGUCCAAAGCCAGUUCGACCGGUGGGACUUACUUUCAGAUUUGCCCCCUUAUCCUUUUGAUCACAGCAACCGAGACAUCUACGAGAGCCGGUUGGCAAAGAAUCUCCGUCUCCGUGAGCACCCACGGCAUGAUAUUUUUGGAGCCCCGAAAAACGACUGGGACCCUCGAUACCCAAGUUUCAGGCACUUUCUACGUCUCAAAGAAAGCCCAUGGCUCAAGGAGUAUAUGGUUCAUGGGCAAUAUAUAUAUCCACCAGCCGGCUUUCUUGUCAUGGCUGUCGAGUCAUCCAUGCAGAUGGCGGACAAGGAAACCUCAAUUCGAGGGAUUAAUGUAUCACGUGUCGACUUCAGUGCUCCUUUGUCUAUACCAGACCACGCCGAAGGGGUUGAAGUUAGCUUAUCCUAUGCUCCGGCUGAUGACGGAAGUGGGAUGAGACGAUUUCGUGUCAACUCAUACAAUGAGGAGCAGGAGCAAUGGACUGAACAUUGCAGUGGGUACAUCAGCGUCGAAUAUGCUGAAUCUGAAGGGAGAUUAGAGAUUGAUGGCGAAGCCAACACAGAAUGGCUAGACUCCCUACGUGAUAGUGAGAGGCAGCUCACGGAGUCAGUCGAGCGCAGAAGGGUAUUCGAGCAACUUGAAUCCUGCGGAUUGCAUCUGGGGCCGCUGUUUCAGCACUUAUCAAACAUGAAGACCAGUGGAAAUCGGAACGGACACGGCCUGGCUACUGUUAAAGUCCCUGAUAUCAGAUCCAUAAUGCCGGAACAUUACAUGCACCCUCACAUGCUACAUCCAGUGACGCUCCAAAACAUGCUCAGUUCGGUCACAGUUGCACUCAGUGACCUGUCUAACACUCAACCCGAAGGGGGAGUAUUCUUUCCGAAAUAUAUCGAUAAUGUUUGGAUCUCUAGCGGAGGCUCAUACAAACCACACACUCAAUUCCGUUGCUUCAGUACAGCGACAGCAGCUGGAAUCAACCUACGCCAUUGUCAAAUUCAUAUUUUGGCCGAGCCUUCUCUUUCCGAGGUUGCCGUGUCACUCUCAGGCAUCCAGCUAGCCAGGCACAUCUCGGACGAGGAUUUCUCGAAGACUCCGUCGAUACCACGUUUCUACUCCACGGAGUGGCAGCCGGAUAUCCAUCUCGUCACAAACGAAUUCUUCGACAGUCUGGUCAACCACCAGGAGGAUACGGACAACAAAUGGGGCAGCGAAUGCGAACACUUCACCGACCUGCAACUGGCUGCGACGCUAAUCUCGACCGACGCACUUUUUGAUCUAAAGGGCCUUGACCUGACUGGCCUAGAGCCACAUUACCAUCGCUUUUAUGAUCUCCUCAAACAUAUUGCAGCAGAUAUCCUCACCAAUGCUAUACCAAGAGUCCCUUUCAAGCUCUGGAAGAAGUAUGCAGAAGACGAGCACCUUAAAGAAGAUCUCUACAAAAGAGUACAAUUACUGAAUAGCGACGGUGCUCUGUUGAUAAAGGUCGGAACCCGAAUUCCCGCCUUCUUCCGGCAGGAACUUGAUCCCUUGCAUAUCAUGUUUGGACAGGAUGAUCUCAUGACGGAAUAUUACGAUGAUGACUUCAAAAUUGGGACUAUCCAGGAGAAGCUCUCACAUUACCUGUCUCUCUUCCGCUGGAAUAAGUCCAACCUGUCGGUCCUUGAAGUAGGAGCCGGAACAGGAUCGUUCACUUCCCAAGUCCUCACUCAUCUCUCUCCCCAAGAUGCGGACAGAUCCAUUUCGGAAUACGUCUUCACCGACCUCUCGCCAGGCUUUUUCGAAAAGGCGAAGCAACGCCUUCGCCCGUGGAGUGAUAUUAUGACAUACAAGAAACUCGACGUCGGAAAUGACCCUCUGGCCCAAGGCUUUGAGUUGGCCGCGUUCGACCUGAUUAUAGCGAGUAAUGUGCUUCAUGCAACGCCAAAUCUCUUUGACACGCUGCAAAACAUACAUUCAUUACUCAAGCCAGGCGGGAAGUUGGUCUUUCACGAAGGCGUCCGUCAAGACGCCUUGUGGACUAAUAUCUCCUUCAGUCCGCUGUCUGGGUGGUGGCUGAGCACUGAACCUGAGCGGCGGUGGUGCCCCUACAUUCCAACAGAGAUUUGGAAUGAUUAUCUUCAUACAGCAGGAUUUUCAGGCAUAGAUCUAGAGUUUGCAAGCUCAGACUACGCGGAGUUUUCGAAAAUUAGUCUGAUGGUUUCUACUGCUCUGAGUCAGUCUUCUAGGCCUGUGCCGGAUCGCGUCGAAGCCAUUCUCAUUCUGCCUGAUUCCAAGGAGCCUACAAUCGUAAAGGAGCUCAGGAGACAGAUGGGUCAGCUUGGAAUUAGUCUCUCCUUACACACAUUGUCAGAAGUUUCCACUCUCGAUAUCUCAGAGAAGCCUUGCCUGGCCUUGUUGGGGACUGAUAUGCCAAUUCUAAGCCAUGACAAUUUUACCGCUGUGGACGAACUGAAAGAACUUCUCCUACGAUGCAGAAAUCUAAUAUGGAUUUCUGGGGAUUCUACAAAAGAGCCUUUCUUUGAUAUUGCUACGGGCCUCAUUCGGAGCAUGCGACACGCUGAAGGCAAGGAUGAUAGAAAUUUCGUGACUGUUUCUGUUUCUGACACGGAACCUAUCGACAAGUCUCUCAGUGAAGCAAUCUCCAAGAUCUUCCGACAUCAGUUCCUAUCUCCUGGCCUGUGCGAGACCAAAAAUGCUGAAUAUCGGAUUGAGAAAGGGUCAAUCUUGACAAGUCGUGUUAGCCCAAACCAGGACGCAACAUUGACAAUCAGGAGUGGAUUAUCUUUGCCGCAGGCGGUUCCAACACCAUGGAACGAUGUCCAUCGACCGCAAAAGCUCGUCAACCGACAAUCUCGUGGUUCAAAGCUAGAGCUUGUCUGGGUAUCGGAUGACGUUCAGUCGGAGAGGCUCGGAGACAAUGAAGUCGAUAUCAAUGUCAAGGCCGUUAGUCUGCGCUGGAGGGACUCUUUGGCAUCCAGCGGUGAAUUACCUCAGGAAGGCUUAGGUGGAGAGGCGUCCGGCAUUAUCACUCGUGUCGGGUCCGCGGUGAGAGGUCUUCACAAGGGCGAUAGGGUUAUGUGCUUCGGUGAUCGCCGGCAGGGCAGAGAGGGUGCCCUACGAUCGGUGCUACGAGUGAACGCUUUGCUCGUUACUCCCAUACCGGAUGAUCUGUCGCUUGAAGCUGCUGCUGCACUACUUGCCGAUUGGACAGUGGCAAUAUAUUCAUUGAGGUACAUCGGCAAAUUGGUUUCCAGGGACAAGAUACUCAUCCAAGCCGCGACUGGGAGCAUAGGCCAAGCCGCAAUACGAUAUGCACAGUCCGUGGAUGCAAAUAUCUUCGCUGCAGUGUCCAACACUGGCGAGAAGGAGUAUCUCAUGAGAGAGUAUGGUCUCCUCGAAGAUCACAUUUUCUACACCCCAUCGCCUUUUAUGUCAAACCAGAUAAAACGAAAGGUUCCCGAGGGUGUGGACAUCGUUCUAUUGCCUUCAUCACACCACAGCUUUAUGCGCACAAUUGGUUACGUCGCGCCUUUUGGCAAGAUUCUAGAGGUUAGCACCGGCAACGUGGAGUCAGGAGUUUCACUUCCUUCAAUAAAUCAUCCCAGCAGUGUCAUAUUUGCCAGGGUCGAUGUUCAUUCUUUUGCCAAACACCGCCCAAGCAUGGUUCAAGAGGUUCUGGGUGAUAUCAAGCACUUACUUUCACUACCACAUGCUCUCCCUGAACAGCCUGCGAAGGUUCUUACAUACAGUCAGUUGCACGAGGGCCUUCAGAAGUUGCGAGGUGGCAAUAUCGACAAUGUCAUUUUGCAGCCUGCGGAUGACAUCGUUCCUGUCGUGCCAGAGGUUUCGAGACCAUCAAUGCUUGAUGAGACUGCGUCCUACAUCAUAAUAGGUACCCUGAAUUCUCUGAGUCUCAAAAUGGGCAUGCGUCUGGCAGAGCGAGGUGCCAAGAAUCUCAUAUUCCUGUCCGCUUCUUCUUCCUUCCAGGCUGAUGUUGGUGAGACCGAACGCAUGCUGGGUUCUUUGAGAACGCAAGGCUGUGCUGUGCACCUGCGUUCUUGUGACUUUUUCAAUGAGACUGAGCUCCACCAUGCCAUGACGGAGUUGAAACAGCAACUUCCGCCUGUGAAGGGGGUCAUCUACCGACCUCACGAGACUCAGCCCAUUAAAUCCACAGAAUCGCCAAGCAAUCAUUACCAGAAAUUUCGCGAGUUGUGGCUCGUCCAUCAGACGUUCCCCGCCGUUGAUUAUCUGGUGAUGGUAUCGCCCAUGAAAGGCCUAGACGGCCUCUGCACCGAGUCCGAAACACACCCAACACGCACAUUCCAGGAUACCCUUGUCCAUCAUCGCGUCUCCCUCGGACUACAUUCGGCAAGUGUUGACUUGGGCGAUAUGAACGAUGAUGACGCAUUGGCCGUGAUAGACUAUGCGACCAGCAGCCGAGACCAUGCAUCGUUCCCUUCCUCUCAAAUUAUAUCACAGUUCCCCGGUCCCUUCUCAUCCGACAGGCAGCAAUCUGUCCCGACGUACCUGUCGGAUCCUCUGUUUCACCAGCUCCCAGUCUCACAGCCUCGCGACAAAUCGACAGACUCGCCCACGGAAAGAAAGCUCAGCGUCGCUGACCUGCUACAAAGCUCCCACGACAGCGAGCACGCUGGAGAGAUCGUAUCACGCGAAAUCCGGCGGAAACUGUCCAAUCUCCUCAACGUAUCCGAGGAUGAGAUCAGCUCAGAACAUAACAUUCGAGACAAUGGUGUGGAUUCUCUUAUCGAGAUGGAAUUCCAGAAUUGGAUCGACAAGGAGCUGAAGAUCAACCUCCCUUCGGAGGAUUUGAUCUCCAAGAGCAUUUCCAAGUUGAGUGCCCAGGUUGUGUCGGCUUCGCCAUUGGUGCAAUGUACAUAG